AUGAAUAUGGACAUUGUUAUCCUAAGGGUAACCGUGGAAAAUGAAUAUGGAGCUUUGCGUCAUCGACACCGUGGAAAGGUUCGUACUGGUUCAUGGAAUCAUGGGUUGGUCCUGAGAAUUGUGUUUGACACAGAUGUUGUUGUGGCUAAUUCUAAGGAUUGUUUUUUUAGUGCACGUAAGCGAAAGCCCGAAGAUGAUUUGGAGACCAAACCGUUUCCUAAGAAACAUAAGGAAACAUCCAAAGUGAAGGAGACAACGGAAGGCUUUGCUUGUAGUCUUGAGCAGAAGCCUGGUCAGAAUAAUUUAAUCUCAGUAAAGGCCGUUCCCGUAACACAAAAGACGCUCUUUGUCGCCGGUCUCUCUAGGCAAACAAACAUAUCAGAUAUCAUCGAUUUCUUCAAAGAUGUUGGACAAGUUGUUCAUGUUCGACUUUGUGCACUGGAAACGAAGAACGGUGAAUAUUUGCACAGUUGCAAGAUUUUUAUUGGAGUGGUUGAGACAUCUACAUACCAUCCACCCAAGUUUUGCCUAGAUCACAAGGUUUGGAACGUAGACUCCCUUCAACUAGAAAAAGAAAAAGAAGAAGAUGAGACACCUUCUGAUUUUGUUGUUGAGGAAUUACUCGUUAUUGCCAAUCUCUCUCCCCACACUAAAAUAUCACACAUCCGAAAUUUCUUCCAUCAUGUUGCAAGAGUUGUUAGUGUUCGACUUGUUGUAAACGGCGAGGGUAAGAAUGUGGGCUAUGGCUUUGUUGAGUUUGCUUCUGCUCACCAUGCAAACACGGCUCUGGAACUUAAGAAUGGUGAAUAUUUGCAUGAUCACAAGAUUUUGUUGAUGAAGGGACAUUAUCAAACUCCUGCUUUUGUUGAGGAAGCUGCCAUAACUAAAACGCUCUUUAUUUCCAACCUCUCUAAAACCAUUAAGAUAUCAGAUAUCAUCAAUUUCUUCAAAGUUGUUGGAGAAGUUGCUCAUGUUCGACUUAUUGCAAACAGCCAGGGGCAGGAGCCUAGGCCCUGGGGUUUUGUUGAGUUCGCUUCUGCCACCGAAGUAGAGAAGGCGCUGGUAAAGAACGGUGAAUAUUUGCACGGACGCAAGAUGUGUCUUGAGGCGGCUAAGACAGUUCCACUCAGUCCACCCAAGUUUUGCCUAGAUCACAAGGUUUGGUACGAAGACUACCUUCGACAAGAAAGCCUUCUGAUGGGAGAAGAUGAGGCAGUGAAAGGACUUUAUGAAACUCCCAAUUUUCUUGAGGAAGUUGCUGCAAGGAAAAAUACACUAUUUCUUGCCAAUCUCCCUUACGACUGUCAGAUAAUACCAACUAUCAUCAGUUACUUCAGACAUGUUGGAGAAAUUGUUCAUGUUCGAAUUAUGGUAGACAACAUGGGCGAGCAUUUGGGCUGUGGCUAUGUUGAGUUUGCUUCUUCUAACGAAGCAGAGAAGGCGCUGCUGCAAAAGAAGAAAUAUUUGGGAUACAUGAACAUUUUUGUUGACGUGGCUGAGAUAGCUCCUCCAUACCCUGUCGGACCCAAGUACAACCUUGCAAAGAAGCUUUGUUACGACGACAACCUUCGACGAGGAAUAAUGAUGACCAAACCGAAUCUGAAGAAACAGGAACUUGGACAAGGAAUAAUGAAGACCAAACAGAAUCUGAAGAAACAGGAGGUUCCUAUGAAGGUGAUGGGUUUGUUCUGCGGUAAGAAGAUUACCUUCUCUGACGACGAUGAUGAGAAACCGAACACGGACCCCGCCUUGCAUGACAAUGUGUUUAAGCCGCAUAAUUAAUUAAUUGCCUUCUGGUUCCCUAUAUUCAAUACAGACAGGAAGUUUU